GAGCUCCCCCACCGGCCAGGCCACCACCGCACCGCACGGCCACCGUUGCGUAGGAUCCGGGCGCGACAAGGGGAAGCAGCUUCUUCUUCCGCUCGAAGCCUCCGCCCACCACCUCGGCGGCCCUCAAAAACCCACCACCCGCCACGGUUCGGUGGUUGCCGCCGCCUGCCCAGAGCGUCGCAUGCCUCGCUCCCUCGCCGGUGACCUCACCGACCCGGAGAUGGCGCAGCCCUACAUGAAGAAGGACGACGAUGACGAAGAAGUUGAGUACUCACCAUUUUUUGGGAUUGAGAAGGGAGCCGUUCUGCAGGAGGCAAGGGCUUUCCAUGAUCCUCAGCUUGACGCCAGAAGGUGCUCGCAAGUCAUCACUAAGCUAUUAUAUUUACUUAACCAAGGGGAGACAUUCACGAAGGUGGAGGCCACGGAAGUUUUCUUUGCAGUAACGAAGCUGUUCCAGUCCAAGGAUGCUGGUCUUAGGCGGCUGGUGUAUUUAAUGAUCAAAGAGCUUUCACCAUCAUCAGAUGAGGUUAUCAUAGUCACAAGCUCAUUAAUGAAAGAUAUGAACAGCAAGACGGAUAUGUACCGUGCAAACGCUAUUAGAGUUCUUUGCAGAAUUAUUGAUGGUACCCUCCUUACUCAAAUCGAGAGAUACUUGAAACAAGCUAUUGUUGAUAAAAAUCCUGUGGUUGCUAGCGCUGCUCUUGUUAGUGGCAUCCACCUGCUUCAGGCAAAUCCUGAAAUUGUGAAAAGAUGGAGCAAUGAAGUGCAGGAAGCUGUUCAAUCAAGAGCUGCACUUGUGCAAUUUCAUGGCCUUGCUCUUCUUCACCAGAUCAGACAGAAUGAUCGUUUAGCUGUUAGCAAGAUGGUUUCUGGCUUGACUAAGGGGGCGGUCCGCUCACCUCUUGCACAAUGUCUUCUGAUUCGUUACACGAGCCAGGUAAUACGUGAGUCAAGCGUGAACACACAGACCAGUGAUCGCCCAUUUUUUGAUUAUCUGGAAUCAUGUUUGAGACAUAAAUCAGAAAUGGUGAUUCUAGAGGCUGCACGGAAAAUAACUGAGAUGGAUGUGACAAGUCGUGAAUUAGCACCAGCCAUUGCGGUUCUACAGUUAUUUUUGAGUUCAUCCAAACCUGUCCUUCGAUUUGCUGCUGUCCGAACACUCAACAAGGUUGCUAUGACACGCCCUUUGGCAGUGACAAACUGCAAUGUGGACUUGGAAAGUCUCAUGUCAGACCAGAAUAGGAGUAUAGCAACCCUGGCAAUCACUACACUUCUUAAAACGGGCAAUGAAUCUAGCGUGGACCGCCUCAUGAAACAGAUUACCAAUUUCAUGUCAGACAUAGCAGAUGAAUUCAAGAUAGUUGUUGUUGAAGCUAUACGAUCUUUAUGCCUUAAGUUCCCCCUGAAGUAUCGUUCAAUGAUGAACUUUUUGAGUAACAGUUUGAGAGAAGAAGGGGGUUUUGAGUAUAAAAAGGCCAUCGUUGAUUCAAUAGUAACUCUUAUCAGUGAGAUACCAGAUGCUAAAGAAAUCGGUCUUUUGUAUCUCUGUGAGUUCAUUGAAGACUGUGAAUUCACAUAUCUUUCCAGUCAGAUAUUGCACCUUUUGGGGAAUGAAGGGCCAAGGACAUCAGAUCCAAGCAGAUAUAUACGUUACAUCUACAAUCGUGUGAUACUGGAAAAUGCCACUGUUCGUGCUAGUGCUGUCAGUACAUUGGCAAAGUUUGGUGCCUUAGUUGAUGCCUUGAAGCCUCGGAUCUUUGUUCUUUUGCGCCGUUGCCUGUUUGACAUUGAUGAUGAGGUUCGUGAUCGUGCUACACUUUAUAUCCAAACUCUUGGUGGUGAAGUUGCUGUAGGUAACACUGAGAAGGAUGUGAAGGAAUUCCUAUUUGGAUCGUUUGAUGUGCCACUUGCCAACUUGGAAGCAAGUCUUAAAACCUAUGAACCCUCUGAGGAGCCUUUUGAUAUUUCUUUGGUUUCAAGAGAAGUCAAAUCACAGUCACUUCAAGACAAAAAGGCCCCUGGAAAGAAGCCACCUGUUAGUACACCUGCCCCUGCACCUGUUCCGGUUGUUGAUGCUUAUCAGAAGAUACUCUCGUCCAUUCCUGAGUUCUCUGGGUUUGGAAAACUCUUCAAGUCCUCAGAACCUGUGGAGCUGACAGAGGCAGAGACUGAAUAUGCGGUUAAUGUGGUUAAGCACAUAUAUGGAAGCCAUGUUGUGUUGCAGUAUAACUGUACAAACACUAUACCCGAACAACUGCUAGAAAAUGUGAUUGUUUAUGUUGAUGCCACUGAUGCUGAGGAGUUUUCAGAAGUUUGUUCAAAGCCUCUUAGAAGUUUGCCUUAUGAUUCCCCUGGGCAAAUUUUCGUUGCUUUUGAAAAGCCAGAACAUGUUCCUGCUACUGGAAAAUUUUCAAAUGUGCUGAAGUUCAUUGCUAGAGAGGUUGACACAUCUACUGGGGAAGUUGAUGAAGAUGGUGUGGAGGAUGAAUACCAGAUAGAAGACCUUGAAAUUGUUUCGGCUGAUUACAUGCUGAGGGUUGCAGUGUCCAACUUUAGGAAUGCCUGGGAAAAUAUGGACCCAGAAAGCGAGCGUGUCGAUGAGUAUGGACUUGGUGCUAGAGAGAGCUUGGCUGAAGCUGUGAGUGCUGUUAUUAGUAUCCUUGGUAUGCAGCCAUGUGAGGGCACUGAGGCUGUACCAAAGAAUGCAAGAUCACACACUUGCCUGCUGUCUGGAGUGUUUGUCGGCGACGUCAAGGUUCUGGUCAGGCUAUCAUUUGGACUGAGCGGGCCUAAGGAAGUGGCGAUGAAGCUUGCCGUCAGGUCAGAUGAUCCCGAAGUCAGUGACAAGAUCCACGAGAUUGUUGCCAGCGGCUAGAGCGGGGCGCACGGCCCCUGAUAUAAAAUGUAGAGCCGGUAGAUAGGCAUUUUCACAUUUUGUGAUAAAGUAGUAAAUUACACCUGUUGAUGCCUCAAUAUUUACAGACAAGACUGCUCCUGCCUCGUGCAUAUUCUUGCUCAGGUAGUGUAAUAGUGUGUGUAUCAUUCUUCGUGCCCCUUGUGUAGUCGAGUUCACUGCUUGGUUUGGUCGUUCUUUGGACCCUUGUUUACUGGGUAGUUAAUUGGUGAACAA